AUGAAUCCCCACUACCAUCCGUACUCGGAUCUCUCCUCACCACACUCGCCCAGUCCGGACAAUGCCGGCAGCUACCCGCAGCUGACCCCGCACCAUAAUGGGCACGGGGGUGGCGGCGGUGGUGGUGGUGGUGGCGGUGGCGGAGGUCCCAACUCGAUGGUCAGCCAGAUGGACGGCCAGCAAGGAUUCCAUCAGAUGAACAGCGGCAAUGGCGGCGGUCCCGUCAAACACUGCGCCGGUUGUGGAGGCAAAAUCACGGAACGGUUCUUCCUGCACGCGCUGGACCGAUAUUGGCACAACUCCUGCCUGAAGUGUUCCUGCUGCGGCGCGAUGCUGGCCGAUAUCGGGUCCAGUUGCUACACCCGCAGCGGCAUGAUUCUCUGCAAAGCCGAUUACUCCAGGUUAUUCGGAACCGGUGCUUGCUCCGCCUGCCAUCAAACGAUACCCGCCAACGAGUUCGUGAUGCGAACGACGUCCCACACGACGAUAAACAACAACCUGAACGCCGCCGCCAACAACAACAAUCAAAACGGCACCGCCAACAACAACAAUAACAACAACAACAACGGCCAGUCGGUUCCGCAGCACCACGUGUUCCAUCUGAAGUGCUUCCAGUGCUCGAAAUGUGGCAGUCACCUGGUGCAAGGCGAUCGAUACUACAUGCUAGGAGGUAGCCUGGUGUGUGAACCAGACUGGCAUAAGCUGGUGAAGACGACCAACAACCAAACGAACCCGCCACUGCGCAAGGGCAAGGUGGGAAGGCCCCGGCGCUCCCGGGACUGA